UGCGUCUUUAUGGAGUUCCGUGUCACUCCCCCCUUUGACCAUCCUUUUCUGAUCCCCUUCUCCUUGUGUGUUUCCUUCCAGAAAUCGAGACUGGCCAAUUUACAGAGUGUGUAAACCCAAAGUGAUUCACUUUCUGCGUUGUGGUGACGGUUUGGGGAUAUAGAUGAAAAGAGGAGGAAAGAGACGUGGAAAGGCUCCGUCAAGCAAGAAUCUUUUCCUUUUCCUCGUAUGGAGAGAGGGGGGGCUCUCUUCGGUUUCAAGAGUGCCGCGGCAGCAAAAGCAAAGGCUGCCCAUUCACCCAAGGGGCAAUCCCGUAAUAUUCGCCCUCAUCUUCUUCCCGUGUGAGUGAAGAAGAAAUUAAACAGGGGAUUCAUUCCGUUAUGAUGGUAGCCUCACACACUACUCCUCUCUCCUCCUCUUCUUCAUCUUCCUCGGGCCGCUCCCCUCCUCCUCCCUCCUUCACCAGCCGCAUUUUCUCCGAUGUUGCCGGAGACAUCACCAUUGUUGUGGAUGGCGACUCCUUCCUGCUCCAUAAGUUUCCACUGGUGGCUCGAUGUGGGAAGAUGAGAAAAAUGGCGGCAGAGGCAAAGGAUUCUUCCGGUCUCUCCCACACGGAACUCAAGGGCUUCCCAGGUGGACCCCAUACGUUCGAACUCGCCAUGAAAUUCUGCUACUCCAUCAACUUCGAGAUCACUCCCUCAAACGUCGCCUCUCUCUGCUGUGCCGCCGCCUACCUCGAGAUGACAGACGACUACAAGGAAGAUAACCUCAUCUCCCGAACCGAGGCUUACCUCGACCAGGUCGCCUUUCGCAGCCUCGACAUGUCCGUACAAGUUCUCUGCUCAUGCGAGACCCUGCAGCCUCGUGAAAUCGUUGAGAAAGUGCGGAUUCCCGACCGCUGUGUGGAGGCCAUUGCAGUGAAUGCGUGCAGAGAGCAGCUUGCCUCGGGUUUAUCGAGGCUUAACUGCAGCAGCGAUUCUGCAGAUUUCAGAAACGAUGGUCUCGAGUGGUGGAUGGAAGACCUCUCUGCGCUGAGGAUUGACUACUACGCCCGAGUUAUCUCCGCCAUGGCAAGAACAGGCGUGCGAUCUGAGAGUAUCGUUGCCUCUCUGAUGCAUUAUGCUCAGGAGUCGCUAAAGGGUAUUCGGAGUUGCCAGGAACGGACAAAAUUGGACUCUGGUACGAUGGAGAACGAGCAGAGGGACAUCGUUGAAGCGAUCGUGAGCCUUCUGCCCAAAGACAAAGCAUCCUCAAUCCCUUUGAGUUUCCUCUUUGGAAUGUUAAGGGUUGGGGUUGCGGUGGAAGCUACGCUUUCUUGCAGGCUCGAGCUCGAGCAGAGAAUCGCGAUGCAGUUAGAGGCGGUGCAGCUCGAUGAUCUGCUGAUACAUUCCAUCCGAGAAGGAGACUGUGUGUACGAUGUGGACACUGUCCAUAGAAUUCUGGUAUGCUUUCUGCAGAGGAUAGAGGAGGAAGAAGAUAAUGAGGAGUGCGGGUACGAGUCCGAGAGUGUGAUGGGGCAUGGUUCGCUGCUAAAAGUGGGACGACUUGUGGAUGCAUACUUGGCGGAGAUUGCGCCUGACCCGUAUCUGAGUCUGCACAAAUUCAUGGUUAUGAUAGAGAUAUUGCCCGAUUAUGCCCGUGUCAUUGACGACGGACUAUACAGGGCCAUCGACAUUUAUCUCAAGGCUCAUCCCUCGCUGGCCGAACAAGAAUGCAAGAAACUGUGCAAGUUCAUAGACUGCCAGAAGCUUUCUCAGGAAGCAUGCAACCACGCGGCCCAGAAUGAGCGUCUGCCUGUUCAGAUGGCAGUUCGAGUCCUCUACUCCGAGCAGCUGCGGCUGAAGAAUGCACUCUCCAGCGAUUCAGGGGAUGGAUUGUUGUUGUUUUCGUCUCAGAAACUCAGAAGUGGUGUCCCGAGCGCAGCAGUUUCCCCCAGGGAUACGUAUGCUUCCCUGCGAAGAGAGAACAGAGAGCUAAAGCUAGAGAUCUCUAGGAUGAGAGUGAGACUAAGUGAGUUAGAGAAGGAGCAGAUGUUCAUGAAGCAGGGGAUGAUGGAGAAGCCAUGCAACAGCGGAACAUUCUUGACAUCGCUGUCCAAAGGGAUCGGGAGGAUGGCAAUAUUCAGAGGAGGGCCUGCAGGCACCAAGCGACGCAAAGCUAGCCGGAAAUCAAGAUCUGGGACCGAGGGAAAAUACGGACGGAGUACAAGGCAUUCUGUGUCUUAGGCAGCUGAGAUCACUUGCGUGGGAAAAACAGAGUGUACUACGGGACAUGUGUUUUAUUGCUGAAGGGAACAAUAUAGUACCGUAAAAACAGCUGUUCUUUCUUGAAAACAUUUCCCAAAUCAAAGAAUACGAGACUGGAUGAAUGAAAAAAGAAAUCACAUUUGCUGCUUA